UUGUGCAAAAGCCAAUUUUAUUCUGAAAACAAUGGACCGGAAGUCGUACUGGGCUUGUGGAGUUAGCUAAGAUCGGAUGCGCAUCAGCCUCCGGGGAGUCGUCCACCAUGGCUGAGACCCACAGCUUACAGGACCUCCAGCAGCCAGCUGUCUCCUCCAAGGUGUUUGUCCAGAGAGACUACAGCUCAGGAACCAUCUCCAAGUUUCAGACCAAGUUCCCCCCUGAACUUGAGUCAAGGCUUGAUAAGCAGCAGUUUGAGGAAACCAUCCAGACUCUGAACAACCUGUAUGCAGAGGCAGAGAAACUAGGAGGGAAGUCUUAUUUGGAGGGCUGCCUGGCGUGUCUAACUGCCUAUACAAUAUUCCUCUGUAUGGAGACGCACUAUGAAAAGGUGUUAAAGAAGAUUGCAAGGUACAUUAAGGACCAGAACGAGAAGAUAUAUGCUCCCAGGGGGUUGCUGUUGACUGACCCCAUAGAGAGAGGCCUCAGAGUUGUUGAAAUUACCAUCUUUGAAGACAGAAGUAUUGGAUCUGGAAGAUAAAGAACCUUGGGGUAUGAAGUCCUUCUGAUGUCAUUGUAACGAAGAGUCGUGUCCACUGGAAAGAAAAUUAGGAUCCCCAAUUUGACGUUUUUGCCUUUAACUUAAGAUAACUUAAGGGUUUUCCCAAAACAUCAGCUAUAGGGCUUGUUUUUUUAGUUGCAGUCAAACUGAACUGACCACUUUUAAUUUCAUUAUUUUAUAACAAGUGAUCAAUUAGCUGGACAUUUACUACCAUCUAACCAAAACAUGAAAUAAACCCAAACCUUGAAAUCUCCCUUUUCUAUACCAUUAAGCUAUUCUUAAUCCCUAACAGAAUAUUCUUUUUUCUUUCUGCCUCUCCGUAAAGGCUGAUGGCUCUGACCAGAUACUCUCCAUCUGUCUGGCAGCACAUAUAAACAUGUCUGCUACACCUGAAUGGAUGUAUAUAAUUUUGAUCUGAUCGGUUUCUCUGUUAUUUAUAAGUAUUCUACUGUCUGCCUAUGUCUGUAUGUUUGUAAAUGUGUUUUCAUGGUUUUUUUUAUACAUACGAUGAUGUACAAAUCACAUCCUAGUUGAUCCAGACCAGUCUUUAUGAAGAGUGCCAUUGUGUUAUAUGCAACUUUUUGAUCAUGGUAAAAAAUAAGUGAUUUGACUUGUGUGUUUUUGCAAAUGAUAUAAAGUCAAAAAUGUCUAAUCACCGAGAACUGUUAUAGGAAAUAGGUAGGGAUGAAGUUAUUGGCACAGUCUGUAAACAGUAAUCUGGUAUGGGCAGUGCUCCAGAGUAUUGACAUGAUGGUUAUAGCCUUUGUUGAGGCAAUUGUUUUCUUAUCUGUGCAUGACUGACUUUUUGUGGAGGGGUUCAUUUCAUGUGAAACAUGCACAUUGAAAGUUCUGCACUGUAUUUUUUUCUGUGACUGAAGAUGGAGCAUGUUUACUGUUAAUUAAUCCAUCACAAAGUAACAGCCUGACCCAGUAGAUUUUGAGAAAUGUCCAUCUCUGUCUCUCUCCUAAUCAUGCUCCAUUACAUGUUUGUCAUAAGAUCCACACAACCACAAUGUGAUUGUGUGAAUGUUAGCUCCUUUUUCAGCAUCACCAAACACCACAGAAACCUUAGACACCCUCAACUCCACAGAUGAUUGCUAUUGUUGGUGUUUGAUACAACUGUUGUACUUUUCUUACAAAUAUUGUUCUGUUUUAUCUCAAUAAAUAUCAUUUUCCUGAAAUAUG